AGGAUUCGUCAGACAGAACUGUGAUUCUGGGCUACAUUCCCCACUUCCUUCUGAUUCCUUCAAAUAUCUUGGCUGGUGUGACAUAGAAGAUCAUGAUGUUCGAGGAAAUCAGCUUCAUUGUCCCCGAGUGAGAGAAGGGCCCUCAGAAGAAGAGCUAUUUUUCAGAGGAGAAGAACAUUCUUUGAAAAAAAGAAAACAAGUAACUGACACAGAGAAAUGGCAAAAGAAACUUCAAGAGAACUGGGAAAACUGUGCUGAGUUGAACCUUUCAUUUCAGGACCUGGGUGAUCUUUACCAGGCAGAAAAUUUCAAAAGGAUUCUCCAAAGAUUGAUUCGGGUGGAAAAACUUUGGUUGGUUGACAAUUCUUUGACAGACCUAAGUGCCAUAAGGUUGCCAAGAUGCAGAGAACUAAAUGUCAGUAAAAACCACUUUACAUCCUUCAAACAGUUGCCAAAGAUACCUCAGAUUCAGCACUUAUCACUUGCUGAAAAUAACAUUAUGACACUAAGUGGAAUAUCAGACUUCAGACAUACUCCACUUGAAUCCCUUAUACUCAAGAGGAAUCCCUGUGAGUUUCAAGGAAGAUACAGACAACUUGUGUUCUCCAGUUUGCCAAAUCUGAAAAUGCUGGAUGGUAUCCCAAAACUGCCAGAGGACUGUUCGCCCCCAGAUAUAAGGUUUUUUUUCAAAAUGUGUACUAUACUCUAGCACUGUAUUUUUGUAGGAUCACAACUGUGCUAGAAUCACCUCACUUAUAAAAUACAAUUAAUCCUGU